GGUUACAUACUUACACAUUAAUUCCACUUAAACAUGGAGAGACAAAACACUAAAUCUUCUUAUAAGUUUGUCAAGAACACUUCACCUUCUUCUUCUCAAUGGAGUAGUACUGAUUCUAAGGGAACGGCAAAAGAUGUACUCAAAGAAAGGUUUAAUGACAAGACUAAGGCUUCAAGAAAAUCUCCUACCAAAGAAAAUACUAAACCACAAGAAUUCAAACUCCACACACAAGAAAGAGCUGUCAAACGUGCAAUAUUCAACUAUGGAGUGACAACUAAAUUGUAUCUUAUGGAAUUGCAAAAGAGACAAGAGGAGAAGUUGAUGAAGAUUAUUGAAGAGGAAGAAAUACGUUUGCUAAGGAAGGAAAUGGUUCCAAGAGCUCAAUUAAUGCCUUAUUUUGAUAAGCCAUUUUCACCACAAAGAUCAAGCAAAACAGUUCAAAGAGAAUCAUGCAUCCAUAUGCUGAGUAGCAAGUGCUGGAGUUGCAGCUCUGGCAAUGGAUUCUACAACAUGCACCAACAUGGUCAUCAAGCUCUUAACAAUCCUAUCAAAUAGAAGCUUUUUAUAUGGUUGUGUGAAGUGAAGGAGACUGUAAAAUGUACCAUAUAUAGUUCUUGUAUUAAUUUCAUGCAUGCAUUUUGUACACUAUCCAAAUCAUAGAGAGAAAACUUGAGAGUUUUUGUACUAUAGCCUAGAUCCACUGAAUUAGAUGGCCAGGUUUUUCUUAUCAUGUAUUCUUUCUCACAAAUAAUAAAGAUGAAUCGUUUUUUUC